AUGACCACAAGAAGUCUGCCAGCGCCACAGCAGUUUUAUCAACAAGUCAUUCAGAAGUAUGGUUGGUACUCCAAAUACGACACGAACGAGGAUGAUUGUUGGUUCUUGGAAGUCAUUGUUGGCUUAAAGUCGAAAUGGAUCAUCCUGCAGUCUCAAGAACAAGACUUCAAAAUUGCCAAAACAAUCUUGUCGGCUCGCGCCAUGCUCGUCUUGCAAGAUGAUAUUGCACAAGAAGAAGCCAAACCGUUGCAGUCGUUGUCGGAAGUAUUUUCCAAUCCACUCGUCAUCUAUGAUUCCUCCAACGACAACACAUGGAAGCGUUUUUGGGAAUCCAAGCCACCCGUGGUGGGUAUUGACGUGGAGGGCAACCAAAAAAUUCCACCCGUGUUGGUACAAAUCUCGACCAACGACUAUACCAUACUGGAAGUACCGCAAGGCGAGCUAUCCGCCAACUUGGUCCGACUCUUGGAUGAUGAUGAUAUAACCAAAGUAUUCUGUGACAAUGGAUCCCACAAGGACAAGAAAUGUUUGGGAAUAUACAAUUCAGAAGCAGAGAAAGGGGGAAAUGAGACUUUCGACUUGACAAAACCACCUGUGGUCGACCUCGAAGUCUUGUUCGGAAGCUUUGCUGGACAAGUCAAGGCAGCACGUGGACUAUCCAAAAUCAUGGCCAUGUGUCUUGGACUACCCACUAAUUCUGGAGGGUUUACGGAAGUCUUGAAUGUGAGAAUCGGCAAACCAAGACAAACCAGUCAACGAAUGAAAAAUGUUGGUCGAUUUGCAUUGAUUGAACAAGGAAAAAUAAAACCCUUGAAAGGGCUAAAGGACCUGAAUCAUAAGGAAAAACAAUACGCGGCUCUGGAUGCGUGGUGCACACUCCAGGCAUAUCACAGGCUGGAAGAGUUGCAAAGGUCAAGCGAUCAACUUGCCGGUCAAAUUACAAUGACCGUAGAGGGGAAUGGUGAAGACGACGUAGACAUUAUGCCUCCAAUAGAUCCAAGCGCAAGUUCAAAUGAAGAAACGAUAUCCGUAGAUAGAGAUUCCAAGGAAUGGUUGCUCACUGAAAACAAGCGACUCACGACUCAGUUGCAGGAUAAGGAUAAGCUGCUGAACGAUGCACAACGCCGGAUUGCACAACUGGAAAAUCAGGUGAAAAUUGUUCAAACUGGAGGCAACCAAGGGAAGAAAGGACCCAAUUCAACUAGAGGCAACCACGGAAAGAAAGGAGGAGGAGGAGGAGGAGGAAGAGGAGGAGGAGGGAACAACAAUCGAAAGCAGCAACAAGCAGCGUCCAAACAAAAGCAACAAAAUUGA